UUCCUGCGGGGGGGUGAGGGGUGGACAUUCAAGGAGAACCUGUCCCCAUCCCCUGGAAGUCCCUCCCCCCCACGCGAUGGAGCCCCUUCGCCUCCUCCUGCUGUGGGUAGUUUUCCUCCCGUUGCUCCCGCUGCUGGUUCCCGCAGCGCUGCCCCCUGUCCCCCCAGCCCCGUCUCUGGGGGUGACCCCGCAGAAGCUCCAGUACCUCAUCGGCGACACGGUGUUCCUGCACUGCGCAGCCCCCCCUAGCACUCCCCAAGUGCAAGGAUUCCAGUUCUUGGGGGCAGGGGGGUGGGCCCUGGAGGUGCGGACCCGCCAGAGGAGCCAUGUCCAGACCUUUGACAUCAGGGGCCCAGGGGAUGGGGGGCGCCUCAGCUGCACCUACACCGUCCCUCACCCCGACGGAUCCCGGCGGCCUCUCCGCUCCCAGGAGAGUCCUGGCGUCUUCAUCAGCAUCAGAGACCGCCCGCCUGCCCCCACCCUGACCUUGACCCCUGGGGGAGGGGUCACCAUUGAAGGUCAGACCCUCCUCUUCCUUUGCGCGGCCCCGGCUGAAGUCCUCCCCCGCUGCUUCCGAUUCUUCAAGGAGAAGGAAGAGGUCAAGGACGAAGUCAACGAAGUCAAUGAGGUCAAGGUCAUAAGGGGGGUGGCCACUGCCCAUCUCCCUCUGGUGGCCACUGGCCACAACAUCACCGGCAAUUUCAGCUGUGGCUACGAGGAGGAGGUAGAGGGUCGCCGGAUCCUGUCCCACCUCAGCCCCCACCUCCAGGUGGUGGUCAAAGAGCCUCCUCUGCCGCCCACGUUGGGGGUGGACCCCCCCGGUGGGGUGGUGGGUGAAGGCCACCCCCUGCGUGUCACCUGCAAAGCCACCAGAGAGGACUUUCCCCUGAGGUUCCACUUCUCCAGGAACGGGACAGAGCUUCAGGGGUGGAAACCACAAAAUCUGGGGAUUUUGGCACAAAUUUUCAUCCCCCAAACUCCCACAAGCCUUGAGGGAACUUGGAGGUGUCAUGUGGAAGAGGACAUGGGGGGGAUGUGGGUGACAUCACCCCCCAGUGAACCCCUGGAGGUCACCAUCAAAGCUACCCCUUCCCAGCCCGCCUUGCUCCUGGACCCACCCACCGCAGAGGUCCCACCUGAUGCCCCCCUGCUGCUCACCUGCAUGGCCCAAGGUUCCACCACCCUCCGCAACUUUUCCUUCUACCAAGAUGGCGCCCAGCUCUUCUCGGUGACCACCAGCAGGGACCGGGCCACCUUCACCCUCCCCGUGGUAGCCAAUGCUACCCCAGCCACUGGCUUCAUCUUCUCCUGCCGCUACCAUGAGAAGAUCAAUGAUUGGUGGAUCUCCUCUCCCUUCAGCCAACCCGUGACGGUCACCACCCGAGUUCCCUCCCAGUUCAUCCCAUUGGUGGUCAGUUGUGUCGCUGGUGGUGCCACCCUAUUCGUCGUGGGGCUUCUAUUGGCCAUUUGGCUUUGCCGGAGGCGGAGAGGCCGUGUCCACUGGAGCGGCCUCCGCAACCGGGAUGACCCCAGCACCAUUCCCAUGGCCAACGUCGGCCCCUGUUGAUCCCCGUGAAGGUGACCCCCAACCUCUGCCAUGACAGUUGGGGGCAGAGAACACGCUGUCCCCUCGGCUUCGUAGCUCCCCCCCUCAGUGCACCCCCAUGUAAGGUCCCAGUUCUCAUGUCCAGUUUCUCACCCUGCUCAAUAAACAUCU